UAUGAACGGUACGAAACGGGUUCAUAAAAUAUGGCUACAAACGAAAAUCAAAGUGAAAGUAGAACAUCUCCUGUUACCUCAUACGAUUUCCCUUUAAAAAAGAUACCAAAACGUUCUUGUAAAGAUCCAGAAGCAAUAGAAUUUAUCAGAAAAUCGGAACCUGUGAUAUUGACCGAUACAAAUUUGGUGGCCUCGGCCCUCCACUGGAAUCUUCGCUACCUAGCGGAUCAUAUGGGAGAUGGAAAUUUUACAGUGUACAAAUCAAACUCGCACAAGUUCAAAUAUUACAGUGAUAAGAAAUGCAAAAUGGUUAAAGAGUUUAAACCGCCUACUCAGCAAACAGAGAUGACAUUUAGCGAGUUUGCAGCGCUGUUGAGACAAAAACAAAAAGAAAAACAUUCUAAUGAAAGGAUAUAUUUACAACAGGCAUUAAAUGACUCUGUAGGAAAGACAAUAGUGUAUGAUUUUGUAAAUUUCAACUGGGGCUGGCUGAAUGAGCAACAGAAAUUAAACAACUGGGGACCUCUGACAUCUAACCUCUUACUGGUUGGUAUGGAAGGAAAUGUUACUCCUGUACAUUAUGAUGAACAAGAGAAUUUCUUUGCUCAGAUUUACGGGCAUAAAAGAUUUAUGUUAUUCCAUCCAGACCAGUAUAAAAACCUUUAUCCAUAUCCAGUCUAUCACCCACAUGAUCGUCAAAGCCAGGUUGAUCUUGACUGUCCUGACUACAAAAAAUUUCCAAAUGCACGUAAUUUAACUGGUUACGAAGGUAUCGUAGGACCUGGAGAUGUCCUCUACAUUCCAAUGUACUGGUGGCAUGAUGUGGAAUCUUUAAAAGAUCAAGGGGAGACAAUUUCUGUCAACUUUUGGUAUAUGUCAGGGCCAGUAGAUCAGAUAGAAACCCAAAUUAGUGCACAACAGAAGAUGGCCAGGGACAAGAAAUUUUGA